GAGGUGGGGGAGAGGAGGAGGAGGAGGACACUGGGUCCAUGGCCUCUGUCCCAGGACCCCAAGGGGCAGCGGGGAGUGGAGCGGCUGGCGUCCCGGAAGGAGGCCUCAUGACCGGCUUCUCUGAUGAGCAGGUGGCGUGCGUGUGCGAGGCGCUGCAGCAAGGAGGUGACGUGGCGCGCCUCGCCCGCUUCCUCUGGGCCCUGCCGGGGCCUGCGACUGCGUCCCGCGACGAGGCCGUGCUGAGGGCCCGCGCCCACGUGGCCUUCCACUCGGGCAGCUACCGGGAGCUGUACGACGUCUUGGAGGGUCACGACUUCGAGGCGCGCCACCACGCGGAGCUGCAGGCGCUGUGGUUCCGGGCGCGCUACCUCGAGGCGGAGCGGGCGAGGGGCCGCGCGCUGGGCGCCGUGGACAAAUACCGCGUGCGCAAGAGGCACCCGCCGCCCCGCACCAUCUGGGACGGCGAGCGCACGAGCUACUGCUUCAAGGAGCGAGCACGCGGGGCGCUGAUGGAGAGCUACGGCGGCGCGCGCUACCCGAGCCCCGAGGAGAAGCUGCAGCUGGCGCGCGCCACGGGCCUCACCGCCACGCAGGUCGCCAACUGGUUCAAGAACCGGCGGCAGCGCGACCGCGCGCCAGGCCCGGCGGGGGACCGGCGACAACCUCGGCGCAGCGAGCCGACUGGGGGCAGCAGUGCCGGGGAUGACGACGGCGACGACGGCGACGACGAAGAAGGAGAAGACGGAGACGACGCUGGCGGUCAUCUCGACGACGCUGGCGGUCAUCUCGACGACGCUGGCGGUCAUCUCGACGACGACAACAACGGCGGCGGUGGAGGCGGCCGCCGCGUCGGGCCGCAGCACGGCCACGCGAGAGCCCUCGCCCCGGAAGGUUCCACGCGGCCGCCCUCCGCGUCGUCGUCGUCGUGGUCGUCGAGCGGCGCCGGCCCCCGGCCGCCCCCGUGGGACCCCCGUGCGGCCCCCUCCCCGGGUCCCGCGGCGAAGGACGGCGGCGGCGAAGGCGGCUGGUCGUUCUCUCGUGGGAGCGCUGGAGUCGCCGCCGGCGACGUUGCCUUCGCAGCCGCAAUGAACGGUCCUGGGCCCACGCUCUCGCCCACGGUGCUGGGCCUCUCUCCCGGCCGUGCCGCUCGCCCGGUCUCGAACCCGGGCCCCUUCCUGGGCCCCGUGGGGCCCGCGUGCGUCCCUGCAUCGCAGCUCCACGUUACCGGGACGAGCGACCGUCGCCGAGGGGCGUAUCAGGAGGAGGAGGAGGCGGAAGGCCGUGCAGGUCGACGCGUGGGCCCGACCGUGGCGGCCGCGCUGGGUAGAGUCGGCGUCACGGCGGCCCCGUUCCUCGCGGGGCCUACGGGGCCCACGGCGAUUGCCGUGCCACCGAGGACGGCCGACGAGAUGGAGCGGAGGACGGAGGAGGAGGAGGAGAGGGGGGAGGGCCCGCGUGAGGAGGAGGAGGAGGAGGGAGACGGGGCCCCGGCGGUGCUCGCCACGUUGUGCUCCGUGCUGUUUGAGGAGCAGCUGCCGUGAAGAGGAGCGACAGGAGGUGGAGAAGGCGGAGAGGGAGGAGCAGGAGGAGAGGGGAAGUAGAUGCCUCGACGAGGAGGUGGAGAUGCCAUGAAGAGGAGGAGAAGACCGGGAACCCUUCUGAGAAAUGUGGACUUAGACUGUCCUGGCAAACAGUUGCCAUUAUUGUAAUAUUAUUUUUGUUUCUCCUCCACGCAAGAUGACGUGUCUUCGUGAAGUGUGAUUUUUUUUCUGAACGUCAGUUAUUUGACAUGUCCUCGGAUUACGGUGUACUUUCCACGUUUGAGCAUUGUGUUACACGAAUGGAUGUAACAUUGUCACCAAUGGAUGAACGAACUCGAGUAUGGUAAUCUUUACAGUACAGCAGAAUACGUGAAGUAUGGUAAAUAAAAAGCAUCUACAAAUGCUAAUGAAUAUGAAAUAGUGAACUUUACAAGGGUAUAGAUCGAUCUAGAUUUGAAGUCUAAGUCAAAAGUCUAAGUGGAAUAAUGAUUUGUUCAUGGUGCUUCCAUUGAAAACGUUAUACAAAUCAAUCAAUCAAUCUUAAUUGUACGUGCCAAUAUCGCCCUCAGUAGCGUAGUGCAGCAGUGCACAUGAUGACGGAACGGCAACGGUACCGGGGGAGCACAAAGCACCUGAAUCAUCUUGUUAACAAAAUACUUUCUGAGAGAAAAAAGAUCAUUCAUGCAUCAUGCGUUAACGUCAGCGAGAAGUCAGUUUUAACAUUUAUUAAAAUAGACAAAAAAGCUACAGACUUAGUGCUGUUUGGAAGCGAAUUAUCAAAGAAUUCAUUGUUUAAAUGCAUGCCUAUACAGGCCACCAUACUUCAACAGGGAUUACCGUUGGUACGGCUAUUUUAGUUCACACAAUCGACAGGAAGUACAAGAACAAUGGGCUCCCAUAAUGCUCAUGCAUAAUGUGCGUUGCUUACCAUAUAAAUAUGCAUUCAUUAACCCGUGCAAGAAUAGCACAGAAGUGACGUCAUCACAUCUGUCCCUCUAUUUAAGGAACGAAACGGGUGGACUUCUCCACAAAUCUGGCUGUCGCCUGAUGAUGCUGGUUGUGAUUACUAGCGAAACGUCGUACUCAGAUUGCAAAUGUUGUGGCUUGGCUCUCCAACACACCGGUUCGUGCUGUACUAGUAUACUACACUAUACACUACAACACUAUACUAUACACUACACACUAGUGCUGUACUAGUAUACUACACUAUACACUACAACACUAUACUAUACACUACAGACUAGUGCUGUACUAGUAUACUACACUAUACACUACAACACUAUACUAUACACUACACACUAGUGCUGUACUAGUAUACUACACUAUACACUACACACUAUACUAUACACUACAGACUAGUGCUGUACUAGUAUACUACACUAUACACUACAACACUAUACUAUACACUACAGACUAGUGCUGUACUAGUAUACUACACUAUACACUACAACACUAUACUAUACACUACAGACUAGUGCUGUACUAGUAUAAUACACUAUACACUACAACACUAUACUAUACACUACACACUAGUGCUGUACUAGUAUACUACACUAUACACUACAACACUAUACUAUACACUACAGACUAGUGCUGUACGUGUAUACUACACUAUACACUACAACACUAUACUAUACACUACAGACUAGUGCUGUACUAGUAUACUACACUAUACACUACACCACUAUACUAUACACUACCCACUAGUGCUGUAAUAGUAUACUACACUAUACACUACAACACUAUACUAUACACUACACACUAGUGCUGUACUAGUAUACUACACUAUACACUACAACACUAUACUAUACACUACACACUAGUGCUGUACUAGUAUACUACACUAUACACUACAACACUAUACUAUACACUACACACUAGUGCUGUACUAGUAUACUACACUAUACACUACAACACUAUACUAUACACUACACACUAGUGCUGUACUAGUAUACUACACUAUACACUACACUACACACUACACUACUACACACUACAUUAUACACUACACUACUAUACGCAAUACACUACACUACACACUAGUGCUGUACUAGUAUACUACACUAUACACUACACUACACACUAGUGCUGUACUAGUAUACUACACUAUACACUACACUACUACACACUACAUUAAACACUACACUACUAUACGCAAUACACUACACACUAGUGCUGUACUAGUAUACUACACUAUACACUACACUAUACACACUACACUACUACACACUACAUUAUACACUACACUACUAUACGCAAUACACUACACUACACACUAGUGCUGUACUAGUGACGAAUUGUCCACGUUCUGUUUACGUGACAACCCUUACUAGUUGGCUGUGUCGGGUGGUGGCGGGUUUAACGACACAUUUAGAUAUUUAAGCCUCACGAUAAUUUUAGCUGUGACGGUCCCACCUGAUGACGGAGACUUGUGUUGCCUCCGAAACGUCGUGAUUUUUUAUUUUAUUUCCAUUAUUACUUUCAUUAACUUUUUAUUUUUUACCUACGUGACUUUACCGAAAACACCUAAGAGUAUCACUUUAAGAUGUUUCUUGUUCAUGUUUUUGUUUGUUGCGGUUGGACCCGAGUCAAGAGCCGCAUGGCUCACAGGGCUGUUCCUAAUAAAUGAAAACUGCAAAAACUGAAAACGUCAUCGCCGGAC